CUGGAAGAAGUCGAUGACGAUGGCAAAGAUGAAGAUUUUGAGAGAAUGAUCGAUGAGGAGCGAAGAAGACAAGAACAGGAGAAAAUGGAAGCAAUGCAAAAUGAAUUGAAGGCCAUGCAAAAAGAGUAUGUGAAAGCAUUGAGAAGACCUAAAGAAAAAGACGAUAAUGAGGAUGGUAAGCUUGCUGAGGAAGCAAUGCAAAAUGAAUUGAAGGCCAUGCAAAAAGAAUAUGUGAAAGCAUUGAGAAGGCCUAAAGAAAAAGACGAUAAUGAGGAUGAAGAACCACAAACUGAAGGUAUGCAGAUGUACACUAGUUUAAAGUUGAAGUUUAAGUCAAAGGCCAAAAAUAUUGUAAAAACGAAGGAUCCGCAUCGGGAAGACCAGGUGAGAAUGCAGGUUUAUCACUUUGGGCUUUUUCUCUCACUCCACUAACA